CCCGAUUUAUCCUCUGGUACUUGUUCAUGUGAAAGGCUAUGGGAAGCUUCAACACCAGCUUGGGAAGAGGCUUCAUUUUGGUGGGCUUCUCAGACUGGCCUCAACUAGAACUCAUCUUCUUUAUUUACAUUUUGAUUUUCUACACCUUAACUCUCUUUGGCAACACUGCCAUCAUUGCUCUGUCCCGAAUGGACCUUCGAUUACACACUCCCAUGUACUUCUUCCUCUCCAAUCUCUCCUUCCUGGACCUCUGCUACACCACCAGCACUGUGCCCCAGCUCCUGAUCAACCUUCAUGGACUUGACAGAACCAUCAGCUAUGGUGGGUGUGUGACCCAGAUGUUUGUAUUUCUUGCUCUGGGCUCCACAGAGAGUUUGCUCCUGGUGGUGAUGGCCUUUGACCGCUAUGCUGCUGUGUGUCGUCCCCUGCACUACACAACCAUCAUGAACCCCCUUCUCUGUCAGGCAUUGGCUAUUGUCUCCUGGGUGGGAGGCCUCAUGAACUCCCUGAUCCAGACAAGUCUCAUGAUGGCCAUGCCCCUCUGUGGCAAUCGACUGAAUCAUUUCUUCUGUGAGAUGCCUGUAUUCAUCAAGUUGGCCUGUGAAGACACGGGAGGUACAGAGGCCAAGAUGUUUGUGGUCAGAGUGGUCAUUGUUGCUUUUCCAGCCAUGCUCAUUCUGGGCUCCUAUGCACAGAUUGCCAGGGCAGUGCUGAAGAUCAAGUCAGCGGCUGCACGCAGGAAAGCUUUUGGGACAUGUGGGUCCCACCUUGUGGUGGUUUCUCUGUUUUAUGGCUCAGCCACCUACACAUACUUACAGCCCAAGGACAGCUAUUCCGAGAGCAAAGGAAAGUUUGUUGCUCUUUUUUAUAGCAUCAUCACCCCCAUGCUCAACCCUCUGAUUUAUACCCUGAGGAACAAGGAUGUGAAGGGGGCUCUGUGGAGGAUACUAGGGAGAGGCACAGACACGGGAUAG